CUUGCGUGUUGAAGAACUGGUGUGGUUGUUAACUUUAUAGAAAGGAAACAGAACAUGACAAUCGUGUAGUAUCGAAUAUACGCGAAUGUGCUUUGUUUUGCAAUGUCGUGUAUGGAGGAUGUUAAACCGGAGGAUGUUAAAUCAUGCACUUUAAUACACAGACGCCCGUCAGCUGCGUUGUUUAUGUUGUGCUUUUAAAUCUCGUUGACUUUGCAUGAGUGGCAUGUGUUUGGAGUCAUGCCUCAAGCCACAAGGACCAAGAAACCCGACGUGAAAGUCGUCAUUCUGGGGGACAUGAACGUGGGAAAGACUUCUCUCCUCCACAGAUACACUGAAAGGAAGUUUAAGGACACAAUAAGCACCGUCGGAGGGGCGUUCUUCUUGAAACAGUGGGGACCCUACAACAUAUCCAUAUGGGACACCGCAGGUCGGGAGCAGUUUCACGGCCUCGGCUCGAUGUACUGCCGUGGAGCGGCUGCAGUCAUACUCACAUAUGAUGUUACAAACUGGCAGAGCCUGGCUGAGCUGGAAAACCGCUUCCUGUCCCUGACCGACACUGCCAACGCUGACUGCAUUUUUGCCAUUGUGGGUAACAAGGCGGAUCUGACCGACACUCACGUUCAAGGGCCAGACACAGACGGCGAGCAAGGGGAUGAGCCUCAACCCGUCGUCACGUGUCCGACUUCUCCCGCAGUUCUGCACAAACAGGUGAGCAGGGAAGAUGCCAUUGCCCUGUACAGCCACGUGCUGCGCUAUAAAGGUCUGGAGGAGAAGGCCUGCCUGCCCGCUGACAAGAUGUGCUUUGAGACGAGUGCUAAAACAGGUUACAACGUGGACGCUUUGUUCGAAACUCUCUUUGAUCUUGUACUACCCUCCAUUCUGAAGAAAAGGAGCGAGGGGGAGAGCUCCACAGUGGACCUGGAGUCACCCAUGGCGGUCAAAACGAAUAAAGCAGGAUGUUGUGCCUAGUGCAGAGGAUUAUGGGAUUGUUGGUUUUGUCAGUCAUUGCCAAAGGAGAAAUGAAUCAAAGAUAAUCAUAUUGACAUAAGAAUACUUUUAGCUACUACUUUGAAAAAAUAUUUCAGCACAGUAUUAAAAUAUUUUUUUUCUGUGAAUAAAAUGUUGAAAGCACUUGGUGAUGUUUGUCCAAUUUUAAUUUUAGUAAGUUUUAUUAUGAUUUUAUCAUUUUUUUCUUUAAUUCAUUUGGAAUGGUCAUGAUUUUGUUUAGCUUUUAUAUUGAAAUUAUAUAUGGGUCACAUUAUAGUUUUGAAAUUAAGGAUUUGUUUCAUUUUUUUCAAAAUGUUUUAAAAAAAAGGAAUAAAUGAGUAAGUCUGCAUUUGUAUGAAAGAUCAUGUAAUGAAGUUUGUAUAUGAUGGAAACGGUGUACUUAGUCAAGGUAGACUGCAAUUUUAAUACGACCCUUGUAGGCACAUUUUCAUUCAUGGCAUCAACCUUAAGGUCUAUUCGGUCAUUGGCCAGUAUGCUGUUUUCUCAAGUUUCCAAAAAAACCCUGUUUUGUGUGGAAAGUCAUCUUUGUGUUGUAUUGACAUUGUGAAGGAUGGGAUAUGUUGUUCAAAAGUACUGCCUGCAUAAUAACAUUUCCAAAUGCAUGUUUUUGGCAGGGUCAGAGUUCUGUUUUACAGAAA